AUGGCAAAUUGGCCGGACCAAGACUUGACCAGGCAAGUCGGGCAGUUGUCAGACAUACAUCAGGAUCGAGAUCAGAGUGGGGAGAAUCAUGCGAGUAAUAGCGCAAAUAGACAUAUCGCAGAUGGUCGGAACACAGGGGGAACCGAGGUGGGUGGGCAUGCGAGUGCCACACAACAGGUUACUGCAACUGUUGAUCAGGGGGGCAGCGAAAGCGAUUGCGAAAUAAUAGGGGUAGUGCCAAACCGACACGGUGUAGUGAUGAAUCAUCGUGUAGUGCCCACCAUGCGAGGAUCGCAGAUAGGACAGCGACCCAAUGGCAUAUGUGCAACCACUGCAGGUCCAUACCAACACCCCGCUAACCAAGCUCAUACAUCAAGGCCUCAUAAUAACCAAACAAGUGGAGGGGGAGGCAUGGACGUGUUAGACCCGAUGGUUGAAGCACGGGGGGCACCGCCGCACGCACGUCAGACGUAUAACGCCAACGGGAAUCGGCGCGAUUCACAGGCGCACAACAACAGUAAUGCGCUUCUAUCGCGUGGAUCAGACAAUCAGGUAGGACCACAGACAAACGCUGCACAGCAAAACCAAAACGCGCAAGAUGACGACCUCAUCGUUGGGCCGAUAUUCUGGGGGCCACCUGCGGCAACACAGUAUCCAAGACAAUACCACGCAAACACAAAGGCCGUAGUUAGCGCCUACAGCUUUGUGGAGAAUGAUACACCCAAUAAUGACACAAAUUCGAUACUGGAAGACAUCGAAUUCCUCUUCAGGUGUCCCAUAUGCUACUCAACCAUCGCAAGAUUCAAGUCCGGGAAAAUGCCAAACGAAAACGACAGAAUCAUAUAUUCAACCAAGUGUGGGCAUAUGUAUUGCUUUGAGUGUAUGGAGGGGGUCAGGAAAAGACGGGAGUGUCCUAUCUGCAGAAAACCGAUCAGGGAUUCCAAGCAGUACCAUGUGAUAUACCCCUAA